AUGACUUGGCGCGGGCGGACGACGAUCGCAGCGCUGUCGCUGCUGCUGCUGCUGCUGCGACAUGCUGCCGCGACACAAGAGAGUCAGCACAGUGUGGUUGUGCAGCCCACGGCGGCCACCAGUCGCUUUGCGUACGUGACUGUCCACUACGAAGACACGAGUCGAGACGCCGAGUACGUCUUGGGCGUCCAAGUGAUGAUGCACUCGAUCAAGUUGACCGGCUCGCCCUACGACCUCGUGGUCUUGACGUCGGACUCGGUGUCCGAGGCGAGCAAAGCCCUGUUCCGGUCCAUGGGGUGCCGCGUUCUGGACGUGCCCAACAUUAAGAACCCGUUCGUCGGGAACACGCUGCACAACCCGAACUUUAUCUACACGCUGAACAAGCUGCACGUGUGGAACAUGCUCGAGUACGAGCGCGUGGUGUACCUCGACGCGGACAAUGUCUUGGUCCGGAACGCCGACGAGCUCUUUCUAUGUGGCGACUUUUGUGCUGUGUUUAUGAACCCCUGUCACUUUCACACGGGAUUACUCGUGGUUACGCCGUCGGCGGCCGAGUACCAGCGGUUACUGAAAGCCCUGGACUACCUCGAGAGCUUUGAUGGCGCCGACCAAGGGUUUCUGUCGUCCAUGUACAGCGAGAUGCUGCGGAAAGCCGAGUUGUUUACGCCUGGAAAAGCGUCGCUGGCUGGAGCCAAGCUGGACGGCCGGAAAAAGGCGCAAGUGCACCCAAAGGGCAUGCGACUGCCAGUGGGCUACAACAUCAACCACAAGUACUUUUACGAGCAGUAUCAUUGGAAACUGUUCUACUUGCGCCAGUUUGCGUCCAUGACGUCGCCGAUUAGUCCGAUUAAGCCGUGGUAUUGGUGGGCUGGAUUUGUCAUGGACUUGCAUGAAGUAUGGCAUGAUAUUCGAGCGACACUGCCACGAUCGCAAGAACGCUAUGGAGCGGAAGAAGCUGUCAAGACACUGCUGGGUUUCUUCAGCUCGCUCGCGCUGCUUACGGCAGCUCUGUACACACUCAAGAUCACGCUGCCGAUGCGUCAAAUCCAGAAACGUUGCGCGGUCUUGACGAUGCGCAACAACAAGCAGGCUCGGUAUGCUUACAUGGCGUUCCGAAUGGCGCUCGUAGUGCUCGCCUUCCGCAUUGCACCUGCUCGCGUGCAUCCGUUAGCUCCCGUGCACUAUGGCUACAGUCUCAUGAUCUUCAUGAACGUGUCUUUGCACAUUUACUUUGCCAGCGUGAUAUCGAACUUCUGGGACCCGCAUCAGCGAGUAUCGAUACCGCCCGUGCUGUACGUGACUCGAUUCUGGUUGUACGUGGCUAUCACAGCGGCAUUCGAGCUCACUGUGGUCUGGCUUAGCUCAUGGGACGUGUAUAUGAACGUGGUAUGGCGGCUAUUUUCCAUCGUCCUGUCGAUCUUCUUGUGCACGUACUGGCAAGUCAAAUACUACCGUCUCGUGCUCGACGCCGAGUUUGGUGGCAGGAAGGAGCGACUGAGAAGUCUCUAG